AUGGCCAUGAAGAAGAAAACGUCACGAAACAAGACAGCCAGCGAACUUAAAGAGAGAAAAUGUUCGUAGUAAACGUUUUUAAAGCGUUAGUUAGACUGUGAAAUAUUCGCUAACAUGUUGAGUAUGGAGACGCUGGAGGUUCAGAUAUCUGCCAUCAUGGAGACCGUGGUGGAGGCGGCUGUAACGGAGCUCCGCAGACUCCUGGACCAAUGCCCGGUUAAUGUAGCCACCAAUGAGCGCUCAUCUCCGGCCGUGAAGAUUGAGGAGGGAUGGGAGAGCCAGGAGACUCCACCGGAGGGCGAACAGCAUUCUUUGAAAGCUUUAACGAGCCAGUUUGCCUCCUUCAUGGAAGCAUGGACUAAAGGAGCAGUAGAGAAAAUACUGAUGAUGUUGAGAGUGUCCUUACCUGAGGCUGAGGAUGUUCCUGCUGCAGAACAGAGCCCAGGGCUGGAUGAUGAGACCAAACAGAAGAGUGUGAAGCCAAAAGAAACAAAAAAAACGCAGAAGAAGCAAUCAAAAAGAUCUCAGAAGAAAAAAGAAGGACUUCAGUUAACUCUGAGACAGGAGAGUGACCAUUUAUAUCACAGAGUGGAGCAACAACCUGAGGAAACAACAGGAGCUUCUGACUCUGAAUCAUUCACCAAACCUGCUGAUGCAGCCUCAGAGGGUUGUGUCUCUGAGUCCCUGUCUGAGUCUAAAGGUGCAGAAGAUGUUGUCCAUGAAGGUACGGAGACAUUAAUCAAAACAGAACAGACUUUAACCAACACAAAAGAGACUGUAAUAAAGACCUCAGGACCUUUCAAAUGUCCGUCUUGUGACAAAUCUUUCUCUCAGAAAUGUUUGAUGGACAGACACUUUCUGACUCACUCCAAACCUCACCUCUGCUCCGAGUGCGGCAAGCGUUUCUCUGGACUGCAGGGACUCAUCGCUCAUUCAAGACGUCACACUGGAGAAAAGCUUUACAAAUGCUCAGACUGUGGGACAGAGUUUGCUUAUAAGUCAACCUUUGAUAGACACAUGCGUCAGCACAACCCGAACGAAGUAAAAACCCACACCUGUUCAUUAUGUGAGAGUCAGUUCAGCGGGGUGGUUGCGUUUCAGCGACACCAGUGCAGCGCCUUAAAUAAGACAUUUGUUUGCUCUCUUUGCCCAGAGACAUUUGAGAGCAGGCAGAGCCUGGCAGAUCACGAGAAUAAACAUUCUGGAGACCGAGAUUUUGUUUGUGAAAUGUGCGGUGAAUCUUUCUUAUCAUCUCUGUCUUUAGCCACGCAUCGAGUGACUCACAUGCGAAAAGAAAACUGCUGCGAAGCCCUCGGUUUGGGAUGCAGCGACCUCAGUGUGCUGGAGAGCCAUUUAAGCAAGCACAUUGGAGAAAAACUAUUUACCUGUGAGGUUUGUGGGAAAGGUUGCAGCAAUCGGGGCGCCCUGAAGCUCCACAUGCUGAGCCACACAGGAGAAAGGCCAUACGUUUGUGAAACCUGCGGCAAACGCUGUGUCCAUGCCAGCGCCCUUCAGAAUCAUAUGAGGAUCCACACAGGCAGGAAACCAGGACAGCUGCCUAUCUGUGACCUGUGUGGGAAAAAACUAAGCUCGGCGGUCAAGCUUAAAUAUCACAUGAGCACCCACACAGGGGAGAAGCCGUACGCUUGUGAUCAGUGUGGUAAAACGUUCAGAAACCCCAGCAACCUCAAGGUACACACCUUGAUUCACUCAGAGAACAAGAUGUACGGCUGCAGCGUCUGCGGCAGGAGGUUCGCCCAGGCCAACAGUCUCAGACUGCACCGACUCAUCCACACGGGGGAGAAACCGUACGGCUGCAACAUCUGCAAGAGGAGGUUCAUUCAAGCCAGCAGCCUCAAACUGCAUAGAUGUGUCUACAUGGGAGAGAAACCGUACAACUGCCAGGUCUGUAGGAAAGGUUUCCUGAACAGCUGUGGCCUUAGGAGACAUCAGUGCAAUCACCUGAAAAAGCAGCAAGGAGGAGGAUUAUCAGAAAAAACGCCAGACAAUCUCUCGACCAUUUAACCUGUAGAGGGUCUCAUUUUGCACUUUUACUUAUUUUGAAGUGGACACUUUGGUCACCAAAAGUUUUAGACAAAUAGACAAACCUCUGUAAGGUAUUUUCUACCCAAGUAUCUGCUGAGCUCAGGUUACCCUCUGCAAAGUUUAAUAGUUUCUCCAUAGUUGCAGAUCUCUGCCGUCUCCAUUAGAAGCUCUUCAAAUGCAUUGUCUUGUUUUUUCAAGCCGUGCUCGCUCAGUUUAAUUUAGUUAUUUUCACUUGGUUGAUUUUAGUGGAAUCAUUAGAAUUACUUACAUAUUGGUAAUUAUCUUUGUCAUUAAACAAGAGAAGGGCAGGAGGGGGUGAAUGAGGUCAAUAAAGAAAGCAGAUAACCUUUAGACAAUGAAGAUUACAUCGUGCCUGACAUCGUAGAUUAAAGUACUGAGCAGACAAAGGAGGCUGCAGUCAUCAAAUACAGCUCUGUGUGCUGAAGUUCAGUUUCAGGUUUUAUAUCCUGGGAUAUAAAUAAUAUUCAAGUAAAAGCAUGUUAGGUUUUAGUUUGGUUUGCUUUUGCACCCACCAAAGGUCUCUGAGUGCAGCUGCAGUUCAGUCGUUCAGUUGAAAACAGCAUGCAUUCGUUGACUAACAGAUGUUGGUGAAGCUAAACUGAGUUGACUUACAAUUGGAUUUUGCACUGAUGUGACUCUGCUGACAUUCAAGGUUAGAUUCUCAACCUAAGCCUGAGAUCAGCCCAACAUGAACCUGUAGCCCAGAGCCAUGGCCAGCCAGGAUCCUCACUCCUCCCCCUGGGCCUUAACUGGGUCAUGCUUGAUUGGAUUAAAAAAAGUCUGUAAAAAAUG